UUUCGAGAAACGAGUUUUGUUUUUUUAUAUUUAAACGAAUAUAUCGUUAAACAUAACAAUAAUAUUUAAAUCACUUGAUUUUGACAACUAUGAAAAUAUUAUUAAUUUGAUAAUUAAAUGAAAUUUGUUUUGAUUGUUAAGUCCAGUGUAUAAAGACAAUAAAAUAUAUACCGUGAAAUGAAAUUAUUUUUAUGUUAACAUAAAAAUAAUAAAGAAGGGAAAAUUUAUAUUGACAUAUUCGAUACACAUAUUGAGUGCACAUUUUUUUGAUAUUGAAUUUAAAAACAGUACAAAUUAACGUUGUUAAUUAUUUAUUCAAAUUACCAAUACCAGAUUGCCAGGAUUGUCUGUCAACAAUCUUUUAUAAACAACUUAAUAUAUAAAAAUGAAACGAGAAAAUCAUUACAAAAAGGAAUAUUUACUCGAGAUAUUACGUUCAGGCUUAGAAAAUGAUGAUAUCGAUGAUGUUAAAAUUAUUCAGGAAGUAAAUGAUAAUAAAAAAGGCCAACAUUAUUUAAGUAAUUUAAAAAAAAUAUCAUUGGAGUAUACAUACUCUAUUUCGAAUAACGGUUCAUGCAAUAAAAUUGAAAAUAUUGUUCAUUUAUUUAUAAAACAAGAGUUAUCUGAUGAAACACAUAAACAUAUGUUUAAGAUGAAUGUUUUCGACAUUGAAUCUAAAAUUUUGAAAUGUGUAUUACCUCAAAUAGAACAAAUUGUGGGAAUAAAAAUUGGCCCUAAAUUUUUUUAUGAAUCAGUAGAUGAUUCAGAAAUAUUUAUGGAAGAUUUAUCGAAAUUUGGAUUCAGAACUAAAAAUCGAACAUUGGGUUUCUCAAAAGUUCAUAUGCUUAUGGCAAUUGAAACACUUGCUAAAUAUCAUGCUGGAUCUAUUGCUUUAGAUGAAAAGCAACCGGGAUCUCUUCACCAUUAUCGUCAAAGUCUGUUGGGUGAAUAUACGCAUCCGAAUUUUUUAAAUAUGAUAAAAUAUUGUCUUGAGUAUCUUGGAAAUGUAAUGCAUAAUUGGUCAGAUGAAAAAUGUCGCAAAAUAGCUCCAAAAAUUGAAAAAUUGUCCAAAAGUAUAAUAGAGAAUCUCAAAAAUAACAUUAAUUAUGAUGAAGAUGAAUUUUGUGUUUUAAAUCACGGUGAUUGUUGGAUCAGCAACAUUAUGUUUCUUGAAAAUGACUUAAAUGAGCCCCUGGAAGUUCGUUUAGUUGAUUAUCAACUCCCUGUCUGGACAUCUCCAGCAUUAGAUUUACAGUACUUUCUGAGCAUUUGUCCUGAAUUUGACAUUAAAUACAUAUUCGACGACUUUUUUAUAGAAAAAUAUGUACAUACACUUGUAGAAACAAUGGAAAAAAUCGGUUGUAAAAGAAAACCACCAACUUUUGAUGAACUUAAAUUGUCAAUGAUGAAACGACGAUCGUUAGCUUUGGCAGGUGGAUUAGUAUUUUAUCCAAAAAUUAUAAUUAAUCCUGACGACAUUGGUACUAUCAAAAAUGUAUUGGACAAUCAAGCGUGGAACACUAAAAUCUAUGAUAACCCAAAAAUUAUUGAUAAAUUAGUUGAACUCAUUCCUUUAAUAGAUAACCAAGGGUAUUUGGAUUAAUCAAUGAAAAAACAACAUUAUACCAGUGAAUUGAUUUUAUAAAUUGUUAAUAACCAUAAUAAAUAUUGGGUUAUAUAAGGUGCACAUUUAAAAGCCUCAUUUUAUUUUAGCAUA